GCAUCACUCCCAGUGUCAGUGUGCUUCUCCUGCAGACAGCAUUCACCUUUCUCACUCUUCCUGUGGACUUUCUCACUCUUCCUGUGGUUUUGGUCACUCCUCCAGUGGACUCGGCACUCUUCCAGUGGACUUUCACACUCCUCCAGUGGACCUUCUCACUCUUCCAGUGGACUUUCUCACUCUUCCAGUGGACUUUCACACUCCUCCAGUGGACUCGGUCACUCCUCCAGUGGACUCGGGAGGAUGAGUGUGAGAAGGUCAAGUGGACUGUGUCUGCUGUGGGUGUUGUUGGGAUGCAGCCGCCUGGCAGCCUUCAACCUGGACACGGAGGCGGUCAUGCGGAAGAGCGGGGAAGCAAACAGCUUGUUCGGCUUCUCCCUGGCGUUGCACCGGCAGCUGGAACCCAGCGACAAAAUCAUCCUGCUGGUCGGGGCUCCCAAAGCCAGUGGCUUGAAUCAUCAAACAGCCAAAGUGACGGGCGGCCUCUUCAGCUGUGACAUGAGCUCAUCCUCUGAAGGCUGCGACCGAGUGAACUUUGACAACGAAGAGGACCCGAGAAGGGAGAGCAAGGAGAACCAGUGGAUGGGGGUGACAGUAAAGAGUCAGGGACCAGGAGGCAAGGUGUUGACCUGUGCCCAUCGAUACCAGCGCAGGGCCAAUUUGAAGACCAAGCUCGAAUCCCGAGACAUCAUUGGCCGCUGCUAUGUGCUGAGUCAGGAUUUGAAAAUCGACCCCGAUUCAAGUGACGAUGGAGGAAAUUGGCACUUCUGUGACGGCCGGCCACGAGGGCACGAGAUGUUCGGUUCAUGCCAGCAGGGCCUCUCGGCCACUUUCGACAAGGACUACCACUACAUCAUCUUCGGGGCUCCUGGAGCAUACAACUGGAAAGGUGUGGUGCGUCUGGAACAGAAGAACGACACCCUGCUAUAUUUGGGCUUCUAUGACGACGGCCCCUUUGAGGCAGGAGACGAGAAAGAAAAGAAGCCUGAUCUUGUCCCCGCUGCUCCCAACAGUUACCUUGGUUUCUCUCUGGACUCAGGCAGCAGUCUGACCAAGAAAGGCCAGCUGACCAUUGUCGCCGGAGCACCAAGAGCCAACCACAGCGGCUCAGUAGUGAUGCUGAAGAAAGACCUGAUAACCGGCAGCAGCCUGCUGCACGAGUACACGCUGGACGGGGAGGGGCUGGCCUCUUCUUUCGGUUACGACCUGACCGUGUUGGACCUCAACGGUGACGGUUGGGAAGACAUUGUGGUCGGAGCGCCGCAGUACUUCGAGAAGGACGGGGAAAUCGGAGGCGCCGUCUACGUCUACGUCAACAUGGCCGGCAAGUGGAACAAAGUCAAACCCAGCAGAAUAGACGGGCCUGAGUACUCGAUGUUUGGCCUGUCCGUGGAAAACCUGGGAGACGUUAAUCAGGAUGGUUACCAUGAUUUUGCGGUGGGAGCCCCGUAUGACGAUGACAGCACAGGAAACGUCUUCAUCUACCACGGAGCAGCCACAGGUCUCAAGUCCAAGAAAGCUGCACAGAUUCUAUCUGGCAAGCCUUUGGGAGUGAAGAUGUUUGGCUACUCCUUAGCUGGCAACAUGGACCUGGAUAAGAACUCCUACCCGGACUUGGCUGUUGGAUCCCUGUCUGAUGCUGUCUUUGUCUACAAAGCUCGCCCAGUCAUUGCCAUUAAGAAGGAAGUCAAGAUCACGCCAAAGGAAAUCGAUCUGACCAAGAAGAACUGUGGGAACAGCUUCUGCCUGAAUGUUGAAGCUUGCUUCACCUACACGGCCAAUCCAAAGACUUACUCUCCCAGGCUGACUGUUGCAUACGCCAUGGCGGUUGACGCUGAGCAAAGGAAGAAGAAUCUCAUCCCCCGGGCUUCCUUCCUUCAAGAUGCGGCCUCUGGAAACAGCUAUGAGUCCAAAGGGACCCUGAUCAUCGAUGGACAAGGACGAAGACAAUGUGUCUCCCGUACCAUCGCCUUCCAGGACAAUAUCCGUGACAGACUGCGAGGGGUACCCAUCGACGUGGACGUUGACAUCCAGGAGGCCAAACGCAAACGCCGGCAGAGUUCAUCUGAGAUGCCGCCUGUCCUGGACGUGGAAGACAAAGUGCCAGCUCGCUCUGAGGUGCAGUUUGUGAAGGAGGGCUGUGGAAGUGACAACAUUUGCCGCAGUAACCUAAAGGUGGCUCAUCGCUAUGGUUACAGGGCAACAGACGAUGAGACUUUUACUCCAUUACCACUGGAGAACGGCGUACCGGUGAUCUCGCUGAGCAACCAGAAAGAGGUGGCCUUGGAGGUGAAGGUGAACAACCAGAAUGGAGACGACGCACACGAAGCAUCAGUCGUGGCCUCCUUCCCGCGCUACCUCACCUACGACGCAUACCGCGGUCCUAACGAUGUAACUUGCACGGCCAACAAGAACGGUUCUAAAGCCACGUGUGAACUGGGAAACCCCUUCAAACGAGACUCUGAGACCACAUUCUACAUCAUUCUGAGUACAGCGGGGAUCUCAUUGAACACCACUGAACUGGAGGUUGACCUUCAGCCCGGAACCACCAGCGAGCAGGCGUCACUCGCUGCAGUCAAAGCCAAAGCAAACGUGGCCAUCCUGCUGCAGCUGUCCAUGUCUGGACAAGCUCAGCCCUCUCAGGUGUAUUACUCAGGAAAAGUCAAGGAUCAGAAUUCCAUGAAGAGCGAGAGUGACAUAGGAACUCCGGUCACGCACCAGUUCAGAAUCCUCAACCUUGCCAAGCGUCUGGCGGACUUUGGCACUGCCACGCUGCACAUUGACUGGCCCAAGGUGACGGACAAAGGCAAGUGGCUGCUCUACCCCACCAAGAUCACCUCCACAGGUGUGCAGCACAUGGAGUGCACACCCAAGUCAGAGAUCAACCCUCUGAAAAAGGAAGCGGGUACCAUGCGGAGCAGGAGGGCCUCACAAAAGGUCAAAGUUGGUGAUGAGGCCAUUAUUUCUCGCUUGGUGGACAAGAACUCUGCUAAAAUUCUGUCAUGUGAUGACGGGGCCAAGUGUGUGAAGAUCAAGUGUGCACUGCGGGGCAUCGACAGUAUGGCAGUCAUCACCGUGCACUCCCGCCUGUGGAACACCACCUUGGUGGAGGACUACAAGAAGGUGCAUCAUGUGGAGGUGUUGGUGAAGGCACUCCUGCAGAUGGAGAGCAGCAGAAAGAACAUGGUGGUGCAGAACGCCGAGACACAGCUGAGGAUGACCGCCUUCCCUGAGCGGCGUGAGGCCAGCUAUGGCGGCGUGCCCUGGUGGAUCAUCUUCCUGUCUGUGCUGCUGGCGCUGCUCCUGCUGGCGCUGCUGGUCUUCCUGCUGUGGAAGUGUGGCUUCUUCAAGAGGGACAAACCUGCAGAGCAGCUUCAGAGCUACACCGCCGUCCGGAUCAAAAGCAAGGACAGAGAUGUCAACAACACCCGCUGGCAGAAUGUGGAGAAGAAGUCUUGGAGGACAACCUGGCAUGAGAACGAACAUUAUUCACAAUCCUAAGCCAUUGCCUAAAAGGACUGUCAUGUAAAUAUCACGUCUUUGUGCUUCAGGGCUUAGUUGGAUUGCAAUUCAUUUUAUAGCCAUUUGCUAUUUAUUCUCUCAAGGGUCCUUUGUUACGUGCACCACACACACCAAAGAGUCACUGCAUUCUUGUUAGUACUUCUCUACAUAUUCUUUGUACAUCUCUAAAUAUUUGUUAUGUUAGUAAAUGUCUAAAUAUUUGUUCUCUUAGUCCUUCUCUAGAUAUUUGUUGUUAGUACAUCUUUAAGUAUUUGUUGUUAGUACAUGUCUGAAUAUUCAGUCCAUUUGCAGGAGUCAAGGAGCAAACAUUUUCUGGAAUACAUUUGAAAAAGUUGCAGAGUGUAACAUUUUUAUGACAAAUUAAAAGAAGUAAAAUUUGAAA